CUGUGCAUGAAAUCCGAAGAAGAAACAACCUUUAGCUGCUGAAGCUAGCUGGCUAGCGACCAAGAUGGAGUACCUCCGAGACUGCUUUAUUUUUAUCAGGGGUGUUCUCGUUUUCUAAGAGGAGAACAUGAUACGCGGAUCCGGUAAAAUAUACGGGUGUUGGGACAUCGGGUUGAAAAGAGUUCGUUUGUGGAGUUCGACGAGCGCAGAGGGGGCGAUCGGAGUUAGCUAGUUAACAAGCUCUAACGUUAGCUAACUGUCGGCUUGCUCCAGGAGUCUCUUACAUAAAACCAGCAGUCGAUCAUUAGAGCAAAGACGAAGGGCUCUGGGCGUCUGUAGCUGAUCUAUAUGUAAUAUAUCCUCGUCUUCCAUGUAGUGUUAACUAUUUUAAACCCUAAACUUCUCCUUUGUUGAGUUUUUAUAGUAUCUUAACGAUUAGUUCGCACGAAAGGCCAACUUGUAAUUAAGCUUCUUACUUGCUAGGCACCAAGGACUUUACCCACCGACUCUCGACUAGACAUGAAAUUGCUGUAGAAUCAUUUUUCGUGUCAUCUUAAAAGCCACAUCAUUUGGAAAGUUUCCAUUUGUAGCCGGGAGACUAUAUCAGACCGCCUCCCCUCAUUCGCUGUAAAGGGGGCGAGAGUAGGCUGCCAAAGCGGAAAGCUUAGUAAAUAACACCGCCCGACAGAGCCGGUGUUUACACGGAAUCCACGUCCCUCUAGGUAGCUAUAAGGUGGUAACUUAAGUUUACUUUUUGUGGGACUUUGACACGGACCUACUUUAUCAGGGUGGAGAUUGUAUGACUCGUGAUGAGUUCUGACCUACUUCCAAUGGCCAGCGAUGAUAGUAGGGUACAAUCGGGGGUUUGGUUUGAUAGCAAGACGUAAAUGAUAGUUUGCAUUAAAUUGGGGUAUGAUUUCUGAGCAGCGUGGGGAGUUUGACUCAGUGAACCUCUUUGCCGUUUAAAUAGCUGACUUUCCCUUUGGAAGAAAAAUAUGGACACAGGGGUAAGGUCACACCAGGGCGAGGUGUUCGUCCACCCGCUCUCCAACCCUGGGGCCGCAGGGAUAUUUCCCGAAAUGCUGGAGGUGGCAGAGGAGGCCAACCGGGCUGGGGACUUUAACCUGGCCGUUGAGAUAUACAGCUCCCAGCUCGCAGACCUCCAGCAGCCGGACAGGGGUUUGUGUCUGAGGAAGGCAGACUCUCUGGCCCGCGCCGGUCGGAUUUCCGAGGCGCUUGACUCGUACUGCACAGCGGCCAGCCUGGGCAAACUCCGCCCGGAGGAGCUUCCCCUCCUGGUGGAAACCAUCGCCCGGACUCUCCGAAAAGAGCUGGGCAUCACCCGGACUUUAAACGGACAGGGUAAAAGCAGCGGCGGGGAAGACGGGGUUGAAAGUGACAGAGAGUGUGGAGAGGAUGAAACCCUGGAGUUGUUUUCAUGUCGCCUCUGCAAGUGUCUGCUCCAUGAGCCCACUACAGUGGAGUGCGGACACACUUUCUGCAAACGCUGCUUAGAGGACGACUCUGUCAAAGACUGUAUACACUGCAAACUAAAGUUGAACAAAAAAGAUGGACUGCCAAACGGCCGGAGAUUAAACGUUGUUCUCAGCGGCCUGCUGGAUAAACUGUUUGCAACAGAGAGCAAAGCGAGGAAAUUCUGGAUUGAGGGGGAGGUUUUGUGGAAAAAACAGGACCUUUCAGAUGCCUUGGAGAAGUAUAAUGCAGCAGUGGAUCUAGUGCCCUCUUCAGGCAGACUGCUGUGUCAGCGUGCUGAGUUGCACAUGGAGAUGAGGAACUUCAGUCAGGCAGUGCAGGACACCAACAGCCUCUGUAGAUUAAAACCGCUCUGGACAAAGGCUCACUUUCUGAAGGCCACAGCGUUGAGUAAAGCAGGCCGGAACGAUGAGGCCUUGCAGGAAUACUUUGUGUGUGUGGCGCUGAAGCCUGACUGGACCAAAGUUAAACUGGAGGCUCAGAAGAUCCUUAGUGAGCUGUUUUCCUCUGUGUUUGAGAAUGAGGACCUACCAACGCCGCUGCACCCACUGCAGGGGGGGAUGGCCACCCGCCUCAUCAAACCACCGGCCUUGCUCAGGUCUCUGAGGCCGCUCACACAGAGACCUGGCUCCUCCUCACAGGACUCAGAGUUCAAUGUGACUAAAAGCGCUCCAGUAGACGACUCAUCGUCCAGACUGUCUGCUCCGUCUCCUGGACAAUCAGACUGCGCUGCAGGGGAGAGCAACACCAAGACCCUGGCCGGCGUUCUGGCUGCACUGCCAGCACCACCUAGUGGCCUCAAGAGGAAACACAGCGGAGAAGGACCCUCAGUGAUCUUCAACCCUCCCUCUAAACUGCUCAGACCUGACGAGGUGAACAGCUGUCAGACGGCCACGGUGUGUGGAGGGAGGACGGUUCCCGCUGAGCUGUUGGACAGUGGAGACUUGGAGUGUUCACUCUGCAUGAGAUUGUUCUAUGAGCCGGUAGCCACUCCCUGCGGACACACCUUCUGCCUCAGAUGUCUGGAGCGCUGCCUGGACCACAACCCCAACUGCCCUCUGUGCAAGGAGAAUCUGUCAGAGUAUCUGGCCACCAGGGGCUACAACAAGACCCUGCUGAUGGAGGAAGUGCUGCAGCGUUACCUUGGAGAUGAGCUGGCUGAGAGGAAGAAAAUCCAUGAAGAGGAGAUGAAGGAGCUGUCAAACUUAAACCAGGAAGUGCCCAUUUUUGUGUGCACCAUGGCCUUCCCCACCAUCCCCUGCCCGCUGCAUGUGUUUGAGCCACGCUACCGCCUCAUGAUCCGUCGCUCCAUGGAGACGGGCACAAAGCAGUUCGGCAUGUGCAUUGCUGACGAGCUCAAAGGCUUUGCCGACUACGGCUGCAUGCUGCAGGUGCGAGAUGUGAAGUUCUUUCCUGACGGUCGUUCAGUGGUCGACACCAUUGGUGUGUCACGGUUCAAGGUCCUCAGCCAUGGCCAAAGAGAUGGCUACCACACCGCCAAGAUAGAGUACCUGGAAGACAAGAAGGUGGAGGGGGAGGAGCUGGUGGAGCUUCUGAAGCUGCACGACUCUGUGUACGAGCAGGCAAACAGCUGGUUCACCUCCCUGAAAGACAACAUGAAGAGCCAGAUCCUGAGCCACUUCGGACACCUUCCCAGCAAAGAUCCCGACCCACAGGGCAGUCCCAGUGGUCCGGCCUGGUCCUGGUGGCUUCUCGCUGUCCUUCCAUUGGAGGGUCGAGCCCAGCUCACCAUCCUGGCCAUGACAUCCCUCAAGGACCGCCUCAUUGCCAUCCGCAGGGUCCUCAUCUUCGUCACGCGCAAAAGGCCGCGGUGAUUACCCAGCCGCUCGGGGAGACAGACCUGAACCGCUUGGAGUUCUAUGCAGUUCAGCAGUUCAUUCGCUCAUUUGUUCAGUCAUUCAUUUGUUAAUUUGAUCACUCAUCGAAUGAUCCAUUCACUCGUUUAUACGUGUGCAUUUUUCAUUUACUGGCCCAUACCUACAUCAGUUCGUUCUCUCAGAUGCUCAUGAAUUCCUUCCUGUGUAGCGCAGCAUUUCUGAGCACACGUGUCAGUUCUGUGGUGAGCGUCAGGUGGGUCGGGUUGCUGGCAUGAGGACAUUCCUGGUUUCACUUCUGUCUGUUUCUGUCUGUUCAUCCAGCCAACCCCCACCUGCGUUCUCUCACUGGACGAAUCAGGCUACAAUAUCUGAGCAAGUGACCUCUCACCUCUUGUUCUCUUUUGAGGCAGAGGUAAAAGCAGUAAGCUGUUUAGGUCACUUCUGGGUCAUUUCCCCGACUCUGUUAUGCAGGAAAGAAAAUUUAUCAGAAAAUCAGUGUGAGUGAAAAGGAUCAGGUUCAAGAGGAAAAACCUUUCCUACAUACACUAAGCAGUAUUUCACAUAAGCUGAAACAGAAGUCACCCACUCGAAAAUUCACCUAGUGCAACAUGAACACACCUGUGAUGACUGCAACACACAAAAGUGAAUGUACUGAUGAGGCUGUAGUAUCUGGAUGUUCAUCCCUUUUCUCCCUGCUACAUUUUUGGAAUCAGUUCGGCAAGUUGCACAUGAGGACAGAUUCCUGAGUGUGUGUGUGUGUGUGCCCUCGCAGCAGCUGCUUCACUCUAAAUCUUCCUGACUGAGCCAAAAUUAAUGUGCAGAAACCUGAAGCUUUCUGUCCGCUGCCUCACCCUGCGGUGGGCAUAUGUACCUCAGACUGUCUUGAUAGAAAGUUACAGGCACCAUGAGAGUCGUUGCACUGAGAUAGGACUGUGGUUUGCCCAUGUUAACACUAAAAACCACAGACUAUACAAUGUGUGAGAACAAGUCUACAACAACGUGCUCAACUUGUUUUGAAAGGAGGUUCAAGUAAGAAAGUCGGGCUGUUGCACAAGUUCUAGCUACAUUUAGGAGACAGAUACGAAUGCAUCCUCUCGGAUACAGUUGAAACUUUAAUGUCCUAUUGUAGCAUAUCUGUGGGACUUAGUUAUAGGGGUCAAUUGUGUACUUUUUAUGUUGUUGUUUUUUUGUCUCUCUCUCUGCUAUGCCCUUAAGUGUAUGUGUAUGGUGAAAUCUUAAGUUGAGUUAUUUAUAUGUAUAUCAAUGUAACUCUGAGGCCUUUGUAAUGUUUUAUUUAAGGAACGUUUCCCCUCUAUCGCUUUCUCUCUCAGUGCAUUUACAUGCACACUGCAAUGCAGCAAUUAUGGUGCUUAAAGUUGAGUUUUCUUGUAAACAGUUUGUUUAUAGUCAAUGUUUCUCAAUAAAACAUGUGUAUCCUUGAAGCCUCGAAACAGAUGAAUAGGUUUCCUUCCUCAUACAACAUUUUUUUAACGUGUUUUUGAAUGUGCGUCGUUUAUUCUAUCUUCCGUGCCUUUACUGGCGCAAUGCUGUGUCUCUUAGCACCCCCAACUCGUUAUCGGUUGAAAAGCUUGAAACUGUCUGCAGGAAUUUGUCUCAAUAGCGCAACUAGUGGUCAAAAAGUGGUUAACGUUGCACAAUAAAACCCCAAAUUUAUACAAUGAGUGAAUGAAAAGUACCAUGUGUUUUGUUUGUUUGUAAGAGCAAGCAGGUGACCAAUACGAUUUCCUGCUGAUGGUUUCAAGCUGGUCCACUGAUCAAAUGGUGGUUGCAGUAACAUGUAUAAGAACCCCCCCCACACACACACACACACACACAAAGUUUUAGAUUAAAAAAAAAACAAUGCAAAUGUUUUUUUGAAGAUUUGAUUUGUUUUGGUGAGAAACACUGACUGUUGACCUGACUGUGUUUGUUUACAAUCUGAUUCAAUGGUGUACCUUUUUAAAAGGAAGGAUGAAUGGUAAAGGAAGUGUUGAACGCUUAAAUUUAACUAUCUGCAAGUUAUCAAAUGAAAUCAAGUAUUUACAAGCCGCAGUGACUCAUUAUGCUUAACUUUAAGCCGGUCAAGAUGUUUUCAUAAGACAGCUGUGGUUGUGAUCUUGGUGUGCAUGUAAAUGCACUGUUUCUCUGUAUAAUUCUGACUUCCAAAUGUUUGUGACUACUGCAGUCACACUGCAUUUCCCUGGUAUAUUUGUAAAGGGAGAUCUUAAACCUAUUUUUUAUCGCAAAUAAAGAAAAACCCAUUCUGUC